AACAGAACAGCCAAGUGAGCCGCGAUGGAAGCCGCAGAUGCCUCAAGGAGCAAUGCGGCCACCUCAGAAGCCAGGGAUGCCCGAAGCCCACAGGGCCCCACCGGCGGCCUGGAGAAUGGAGCCAAGGCUGAUGGCAAAGAUGCCAAGACCAUCAAUGGGCACGUUGGGGAGAUGGCCGAGGGCAAGAGCCCGGGCAGUGGCCUGAAGCCAGGUGAGGGGAAGAGCUCCCUGUUCUUGGGGAACGAGUGGCGGCGGCCCAUCAUCCACUUUGUCGAGUCCGUGGACGACAAGGGCUCCAACUACUUCAGCAUGGACUCUGGGGAAGGCAGGCGGUCACCCUAUGCCGGGCUCCAGCUGGGGGCGGCCAAGAAGUCGCCCGUCACCUUUGCAGAGAAGGGGGAGCUGCGCAAGUCCAUCUUCUCAGAGCCCCGGAAGCCUGCGGUGUCCAUCAUGGAGCCCGGGGAGGUUCGGAGGAACAGCUACCCCCGGGCUGACCCGGGCAGCCUCCUGCGCUCCAAGUCGGGCUCCGAGGAGGUCCUGUGUGACUCGUGCAUCGGCAACAAGCAGAAGGCGGUCAAGUCCUGCCUGGUGUGCCAGGCCUCCUUCUGCGAGCUGCACCUCAAGCCCCACCUGGAGGGCGCCGCCUUCCGCGACCACCAGCUGCUCGAGCCCAUCCGUGACUUCGAGGCCCGCAAAUGCCCCCUGCAUGGCAAGACCAUGGAGCUCUUCUGCCAGACGGACCAGACCUGCAUCUGCUACCUCUGCAUGUUCCAGGAGCACAAGAAUCACAGCACCGUGACGGUGGAAGAGGCCAAGGCAGAGAAGGAGACGGAGCUGUCACUGCAAAAGGAGCAGCUGCAGCUCAAGAUCAUUGAGAUUGAGGAUGAAGCUGAGAAGUGGCAGAAGGAGAAGGACCGCAUCACGAGCUUCACCAGCAGUGAGAAGGAUAUCCUGGAGCAGAACUUCCGGGACCUGGUGCGGGACCUGGAGAAGCAAAAGGACGAAGUCAAGGCUGCACUGGAGCAGCGGGAGCAGGAUGCUGUGGACCAGGUGCAGGUGAUUGUGGAUGCUCUGGACGAGAGGGCCAAGCUGCUGCGUGAGGACAAGCAGACCAGGGAGGAGCUGCACAGCAUCAGCGACUCAGUGCUGUUUCUGCAGGAAUUUGGUGCAUUGAUGAGUAAUUACUCCCUCCCCCCACCCCUGCCCACCUACCGUGUUCUGCUGGAGGGGGAGGGCCUGGGGCAGUCGCUCGGCAACUUCAAGGACGACCUGCUCAAUGUGUGCAUGCGCCAUGUUGAGAAGAUGUGCAAGGCAGACCUGAGCCGUAACUUCAUCGAGAGGAACCACAUGGAGAAUGGGAGUGACCAUCGCUACAUGAACAACUACACUAACAGCUACACGAGCGAGUGGAGUGCUCCAGACACCAUGAAGAGAUACUCCAUGUACCUCACGCCCAAGGGUGGGGCCAGGACAUCGUACCAGCCAGGAUCCCCCAGCCGCCUCUCCAAGGAGACCAACCAGAAGAACUUCAACAAUCUCUAUGGCACCAAAGGUAACUACACCUCCAGGGUCUGGGAAUACUCCUCCUCCCUUCAGAGCACCGAUGAGCUGCCCACGGUCCAAGGCAGCUCCUCCUUCUCCCUGAAAGGCUAUCCCUCCCUCAUGCGGAGCCAGAGCCCCAAGGCCCAGCCCCAGACUUGGAAGUCUAGCAAGCAGACUUUGCUGUCUCACCACCGGCCGUUCUACGUCAACAAGGGCAGCGGGAUCGGGUCCAGCGAGGCCCCCUGAGCUCACGCGGGCGGAACGAGGCACCGCCAGCCCUGCCCCCCAGCUGAUCCUGCUGCUCUUGCUACUGUUCCCAUCUGGUGGGAGGGAGCCCGGCCCUGCGCUGCCACCCCCAGCCCUCUGCGGCCCUCUCGGGCUGGCCUGGCCUCCCCCUCCUCCCCAACUAGCCACGCUCCAUCCAGGGCCCUCUCCUGCUUUGUGACUUCUGACAGUCACCAUCUUUCCUGUGCUCAGAGGCCAACCACAGCAGGGGUGGGAGAUAGGUGGGCUCCUAUCCCCUAACCCAAUACCCCCCUCCUCUUGGGUGGGAUCAUUGGGGCUCGCAGUGGGAGCCCACGUGGUACCAGCCUGUCUCUCCUGCCCACGCCCCUGCUGUCUUCAGGCCUGUUGGCCAAUUCUCUCCAAGGCCCCUUGCCCCAUGAUGCGGCCAGGAGGUGCCUGGCUAAGACAGCUGCCCAUCUGCCGUCUGCGUGGGCCCCCUUCUCCUUCCCAGCAGCCUGGCCCCGUCAGGAGAAGACUAUCCUAUGUGCCCUCCUCUGGUCCUACCUACCAAUGCCCGGCCUGGCAGAGCCUGCAGCCCUGGGCCACCACACAGGGAAACCUCUCUGCAUCUUGGCAUCAUCCAUCCCAGACUUGGUCUCCCCGCAUCCACUUCGAGUCUGCAGUCCCUGAGGAUGCGCUCUCAUGGCUGGCAGGGUGAUCUUAGCCAGAAAUUCUUCUCUUCUGCCUGCUGAGAUAAGCAAUUCCUUGACAUAACAUGAUGCACCCAUGAAAAUAGCUACUGGCCCAGUCCCUUGAGGGGAAUACUAUUACCUGUAGAAUUUCAUCAGUUUUGUCAUUCUGUGUCCUCCCUGGCAAUGGGAAGUGAGCAGGCCGGUGAAAGUGUGGCUGGGCUGGUAACUGCUGGUACUAUUUACAAGAGUGCCUUAAACACUGCCCCCCACCCUCAUCCACUUUCCCCAUCAGAGCCUUCCUCUUCGCUCUGACUACUCCCCAUGUCACAUGUUGCCACGGGGCCUGGGGCCUGGAGAGGAGACCAGACCAGGAGCAGCGAGGUGGGCUCAUACUUCCUCUCACUAGCCCUCGAGGGCCUAU